AUGGUGAUGAUGAUUAUGAUUCGGAUAUUGAUGAUGAUGAUGAUGAUGAUGAUGAUGAUGAUGAUGAUGAGGAUGAUGAUGAUUCGGAUGAUGAUGAUUCGGAUGAUGAUGAUGAUUCGUUAUGAUGAUGAUGAUGAUUCUUAUGAUGAUGAUGAUGAUGAUGAUGAUGAUGUUGUUGAUGAUGAUGAUUCGGAUGAUGAUGAUGAUGAUGAUGAUGAUGAUGAUGAUUCGGAUGAUUAUGAUGAUGAUGUUGAUGAUGAUGAUGAUGAUUCGGAUUAUGAUGCUGAUGAUGAUGAUUCGGAGCAUGAUGAUGUUACGGAUGAUGAUGAUGAUGAUGAUGAUGAUGAUGAUGAUGAUGAUGAUGAUGAUGAAGAUGAUUCAUGA